AUGGGUCAGGUGUCAUUCGCUGAAGAAAUAAAUCUGCCUCAGGAUACUCCGAUUGUGGAAGAAGAGCAAGCCUCAGUGUUUGCCUACCAGGAUGGCCCAGACAAUAAGUCGUGGGCGGGUGUCUUACCCUUGAAGCAGGGUCUUUAUGACCCCGAGCUUGAGAAAGACGCUUGCGGUGUCGGAUUCGCUGCCCAUAUUAAGGGCGUGGCCAGCCACAAGAUCGUCUCGGAUGCUCGAUCUCUUCUUUGCAACAUGACCCAUCGAGGUGCGGUUGGUUCAGAUGCCCGAGACGGAGACGGAGCCGGUGUCAUGACUUCGAUCCCACACAAGUUCUUUCUUAAGAACUUUGAACGCGAGCAAGGCUAUAAGCUGCCUUCCCAGGGCAAGUACGCCACCGGCAACCUUUUCUUCAAGCCAGACCCGCAAAUACUCGAGGAGACAAAGGGGACAUUCGAGGAGGUCGCGGACCAGCUAGACUUGAGGGUCCUUGGAUGGCGAGAGGUUCCUCGGGACUCCACUCUCCUUGGCCCUGCAGCACUUUCUCGGGAGCCGAUAAUUCUGCAGCCCUUCGUCGUCUUGAAAACUGCAUAUGGAGACGGGAAGGAGCCGAAACCGGAUUUCGAAGAUUCUUUCGACGGAGCAUACUUCGAGCGGCAGCUUUAUGUUCUCCGAAAACGAGCAACCCACGUGAUAGGUCUCCAUAACUGGUUUUACCUGUGUUCUCUGAGCAAUAAGAACAUCGUGUAUAAGGGCCAAUUGGCGCCCGUCCAAGUCUACGAGUACUACCACGACCUAGUCUCGGUAGAUUACGAGGGCCAUUUCGCUCUUGUACACUCUCGGUUCUCCACCAACACUUUCCCUAGCUGGGAUCGCGCUCAGCCUUUGCGAUGGGCUGCCCACAAUGGUGAGAUCAACACAUUGCGAGGCAACAAGAACUGGAUGCGGGCCCGGGAGGGUUUUAUGAAGUCUGACCUUUUCGGCGAGGACCUCAACCUUCUGUACCCUAUUAUCGAGGACGGUGGCUCCGACUCUGCUGCUUUUGAUAACGUCCUUGAAUUACUCGUAAUCAAUGGUGUGCUCUCCCUCCCUGAAGCAGUCAUGCUCAUGGUUCCAGAAGCUUGGCAAGGUAACCGUGCAAUGGACCCUGCUAAACAAGCUUUCUAUGAGUGGGCAGGCUGUAUGAUGGAACCCUGGGAUGGUCCUGCUUUGUUCACCUUCUCUGACGGAAGAUAUUGUGGGGCCAACCUGGAUCGAAACGGUCUCCGACCUUGCCGAUACUACGUCACCGACGAUGACAGGAUUGUUUGUGCAUCUGAAGUGGGCACCAUCUCCAUUGAACCAGAGAGAAUUGUUCAGAAAGGUCGACUGCAGCCAGGACGAAUGCUUCUUGUUGAUACUGUCGCGGGACGUAUUGUUGACGACACUGAGCUGAAGCAAACUGUCUCAUCUCGACAUGAUUUCCGAGCAUGGAUUGAGAAGAACCUCCUGACUCUCCCGAAGAUACUAAAGCAAGUCAGAGAAAAGGGAGUAGAUCUCUCCCAGAAGCCCACCGAGGCGCGUCUUCAGGAGGAUCCUCGUUUACGAGCCUUUGGAUAUUCUCUUGAACAAGUCAGUCUCCUCCUAGGACCAAUGGCUGCAGACUCGAAAGAAGCCCUCGGAUCUAUGGGGAACGAUGCUCCGCUGGCCUGCUUGGCAACUCAACCUCGGCUCUUGUCUGAGUAUUUCCGACAGCUCUUUGCGCAGGUCACAAAUCCACCAAUCGACCCAAUCCGCGAGGCCAUCGUGAUGUCUCUUGAGGCCUACGUUGGUCCGCAAGGCAAUCUUCUUGAGAUGGACGAAAGCCAGUGCUACAGGAUGCUUCUCCCCUCGCCCGUCCUGUCUAUUGAUGAGUUCAAAGCCCUCACGAACACCCACACUAUCUAUCCUGAAUGGUCAGUGAAGUACAUCGACAUCACUUUCCCUAAGAGUGAGGGUAUUCAGGGGUAUAUGGACUCCUUGGACAGGAUCUGCGACGCUGCUACUGAGGGCAUCUCAAAUGGCGAUAAUAUCCUUGUUUUGUCCGAUCGUGCAACUUCCGCGGACCGGGUUCCGGUAUCGUCUCUGCUCGCUACUGGUAUGGUCCACCACCACCUCGUCAGGAACAAGUGGCGAUCACGAGCCGCCCUUGUUGUCGAAACUGCUGAGGCCCGCGAAGUCCACCACAUGUGCGUCCUCGUCGGAUAUGGUGCUGACGCCAUUUGCCCAUAUCUCGCAAUUGAGUGCAUUCUUAAGAUGCACCGCGAAGGCCUCAUCCGCAAGAAGCUGACCCCUGAACAACUCAUUGACAAUUACAAGCAUUCUUGCGAUGGGGGUAUUCUCAAGGUCAUGAGCAAGAUGGGUAUCUCUACGCUGCAGUCGUAUAAAGGAGCACAAAUUUUCGAAGCUCUCGGCAUAGAUGACACCGUGGUUGAUCGCUGCUUCACCGGAACUGCUUCUCGUAUUAAGGGUAUGACGUUUGAGCUCAUUGCACAGGAUGCGUUCGCUCUACACGAGAAAGGAUACCCGAGUAGAAGCAUUGUCGAAGUUCCUGGUCUUGCAGAGACUGGAGAGUACCACUGGCGAGAUGGCGGGGAGCCUCACGUAAAUGAUCCCACGGCUAUUGCAAAUAUACAGGACGCAGUUCGGACCAAGAACGACAAGUCCUACGAAGCAUAUUCGAUCGCUGAGUACGAGCGGAUCAAAGAUUGCACGCUUCGAGGCCUACUUGACUUUAACUUUGAUGACAGGGCACCAGUCCCGAUUGACCAAGUUGAACCUUGGACGGAGAUCGUCCGCCGUUUUGUGACUGGCGCUAUGUCUUAUGGAUCUAUCUCCAUGGAAUCUCAUUCAACCAUAGCUAUUGCUAUGAACCGAUUAGGAGGGAAAUCGAAUACUGGAGAGGGUGGCGAAGAUCCCGAGAGAAGCCUUCGAUUGGAGAAUGGUGAUACAAUGCGUUCGGCCAUCAAGCAGGUAGCUUCGGGACGAUUUGGCGUUACAAGCAACUACCUUGCAGAUGCUGAUGAGCUGCAAAUCAAGAUGGCACAGGGCGCCAAACCUGGGGAAGGUGGUGAACUGCCCGGCCACAAGGUGUCCGGGCCUAUUGCAAAGACUCGUCACUCCACUCCUGGUGUCGGCCUGAUCAGCCCUCCUCCCCAUCACGACAUCUACUCGAUCGAAGAUCUAAAACAACUGAUCUAUGAUCUGAAGUGUUCGAACCCUCGCGCUCGUGUCUCUGUCAAGCUUGUCUCUGAAACGGGUGUCGGUAUUGUCGCCUCUGGAGUUGCUAAGGCUAAGGCUGAUCACAUCCUCAUUUCUGGCCACGAUGGUGGUACAGGUGCCUCUCGGUGGACUGGUAUUAAAUAUGCCGGUCUCCCAUGGGAACUCGGUCUCGCCGAAACGCACCAGACUCUAGUACUUAACGAUCUCCGAGGCCGUGUCAUUGUCCAGACAGAUGGCCAGAUUCGAACAGGACGAGAUGUCGCCAUUGCUUGCUUACUAGGUGCAGAGGAAUGGGGUUUUGCCACAACUCCUCUUAUCGCCAUGGGAUGCAUCAUGAUGCGGAAGUGCCACCUAAACACCUGCCCUGUUGGUAUUGCAACUCAAGAUCCCGAGCUUCGAAAGAAGUUCAUCGGGACCCCAGAGCAUGUCAUCAAUUUCUUCUACUACGUCGCCAACGAGCUCCGAGCCAUCAUGGCCAAGCUGGGUUUCCGGACGGUAAACGAAAUGGUUGGCCGAUGCGAAGUUCUCCGUAUUAGGGAUGAUCUCCGGACCGCGAAGACGGAGAACAUCGACCUAUCUCUCAUCCUAACGCCAGCACACACACUUCGACCUGGCGUCGCAACUUUCAAUGUACGAAAGCAGGACCAUCGCCUUCAUGUUCGUCUCGACAAUAAGCUCAUUGCUGAAUCCGAACUCGCUCUUGAGAAAGGUAUGCCAGCUCGGAUCGAGUGCGACAUCGUCAAUACCGACCGCGCCUUGGGUGCAACACUUUCAUAUCAGAUCAGUAGGCGAUAUGGUGAGGCUGGUCUGCCCCAAGACACGAUCCACGCCAACAUCCGUGGCUCGGCUGGCCAAUCGUUCGGUGCAUACCUUGCACCUGGUGUCACUCUGGAGCUUGAAGGUGAUGCCAACGAUUAUGUUGGUAAGGGUCUCUCUGGUGGGCGCCUCAUCGUCUAUCCGCCGCGCACGGCCGUCUUUAAAGCAGAGGAAAAUAUCCUCAUUGGUAACGUAUGCUUGUACGGUGCUACUAGCGGCUCUUGCUUCUUCCGUGGUGUCGCUGCUGAGCGUUUUGCCGUUCGUAACUCCGGUGUGACUGCUGUUGUUGAGGGUGUUGGAGACCACGGUUGUGAGUACAUGACGGGCGGUCGUGUGCUUGUUCUUGGGUCUACCGGCCGUAACUUUGCUGCUGGCAUGUCUGGUGGCAUCGCUUACGUCCUUGACAUGCACCAUGACUUCGAACAGAAGGUCAACCAAGAGAUGGUUGAAUUGUCUGGGCUUGAAGAGCCUCAAGAAAUUGCUUUUGUGCGUGGUCUCAUCGAAGAUCACCACCAUUAUACUGGAUCUGAGCUUGCUGCGAGAAUCCUCCUUGACUUCAAUCGUGCCCUGCCCCGCUUUGUCAAGGUCAUGCCAACUGACUACAAGCGCGUGCUGAUGGAAGAAGCAGCCAAGGAGGCUGAGAAGAAGAAGCAGGAGUACCCAUUGCCAAUCCUUCCGGGGAAUCCGGUGCGCGAAGCCCACGAAGAGUCCCGACAGGCACAGCACGAACACGAGGCGAAAGAGAAGAAGAAGAAUGACCUACUUGACAUCGAAGAGAGCGUAACAGACGCCAAAGCGGAGAAGAAGAAGGCCCUCGUUCUCGACAAGACUCGCGGAUUCAAGUUGUAUCAACGUCGAUCCGAGAAGUAUCGUAAUCCGAAGACCCGGACGCGCGACUGGCAGGAGCUUUCGCAGCGGCUGAACGAGGACGAACUUAAGUAUCAAACAGCCCGGUGCAUGGACUGCGGUGUUCCGUUCUGUCAAUCCGACACUGGUUGCCCUAUUAGCAACAUCAUCCCCAAGUGGAAUGAGCUAGUCUUCCAGAACCAAUGGAGGGAUGCUCUCAACCGCUUGCUAAUGACAAACAACUUCCCUGAAUUCACCGGCCGCGUAUGCCCUGCUCCGUGUGAGGGCGCGUGCGUUCUUGGUAUCAAUGAGGAUCCUGUGGGCAUCAAAUCAAUCGAGUGUGCCAUUAUCGACCGGGGCUUUGAGAUGGGCUGGAUGGUUCCCUCGCCGCCGCAAAACCGAUCUGGAAAGACGGUCGCCAUCAUUGGCUCUGGUCCUGCAGGCCUCGCUUCAGCCGAUCAACUUAACAAGGCCGGCCAUACUGUGACCGUGUAUGAGCGGGCUGAUCGAAUUGGCGGGUUGCUUAUGUACGGCAUCCCGAAUAUGAAGCUCGACAAAAAGGUUGUGCAGCGCCGUGUAGACUUCAUGGCCUCGGAAGGCGUGAAAUUUGUCACGGGGGUGGCCGUUGGUGAGGAGGGGCAGCCUAGCUUAGAAUCCCUCCGCGCAGAGAAUGACGCCGUUGUCAUUGCUACUGGAGCAACAGUCGCUCGCGAUCUCCCCAUCCCCAACCGCCAUUUGAACGGCAUUCACUUCGCUAUGCAAUUUCUGCAUAAGAACACUAAAUCACUACUUGAUUCAAACCUGUCUGACGAUGCCUUUAUCUCAGCCGCAAAAAAACACGUUGUUGUUAUUGGUGGUGGGGAUACCGGCAAUGACUGCAUUGGCACCUCUGUUCGCCAUGGAGCCCUCAGUGUGGCCAACUUCGAACUCCUACCCCAGCCGCCAGCAGAACGAGCCCGAGACAACCCAUGGCCACAAUGGCCACGAGUCUAUCGUGUCGACUACGGUCACUCGGAAGUUAAGACACAUAUGGGUAAAGACCCGCGAGAGUUCUGCGUCUUAUCGAAAGACUUUGUAGAUGACGGGGCCGGCAACGUUAAAGGCAUUAACACUGUGCGAGUCGAAUGGACAAAGUCGGCUAGCGGUGGUUGGGAUAUGAAGCAAGUUGAGGGUAGCGAAGAGUUUUUCCCAGCUGACCUCGUUCUACUAUCUAUGGGUUUCUUAGGCCCCGAAGAACGCGUCUUGGGAGGGCUGGUUGAACGUGAUCCCCGCAAAAACGUCAAGACUCCACCUGGCCACUACAACACGAAUCUUCCUGGUGUAUUUGCUGCGGGUGAUUGCCGUCGCGGUCAAUCUCUUAUUGUUUGGGGCAUCAACGAAGGUCGUCAGGCUGCUCGAGAUGUCGACUCAUACCUCACCGGGGUUGGCAGCCAACUUCCAGUUACCGGCGGCAUCGUCAAACGUCCCCCCUACGAAUUGCUUUCUAAGGCGAACGGAGGUUUUAAGGAGCCUAUCACUGCUACCGCUUAA